UUGCCAACUUUGGCUCUGCCUGGCAUUCACUGGGACACAGAGAGAGAGAUGGACACCCAACCAGCCACAGGUCAGAGAAGCCAUGCCGUUUGUAUCCCAUCUCCAUACCAAAGCCAUAUAGGAGCAAUGCUAAAACUGGCAAAACUUUUACAUACAAAAGGUUUCUACAUAUCCUUCGUGAAUACAGAGUACAACCAUCGACGCUUACUCAAGUUGAGAGGCAAUCGAGCACUGGAUGACUUCCAUGGCUUUCAGUUCCUAACCAUCGCUGACGGCCUUCCACUCACGGAUGCAGACUCGAGCCAAGACCUCCUAGCUGUAUGUGAUGCUAUCAGAAAGAACAUAUCUGCUCCAUUUUCUGAUCUCAUCUCCAAUCUCAACCACACCCCAUCGAGGUCAGAUUUUCCUCCAGUCACAUGCAUUUUCUCCGAUGGAUUCAUGUCAUUUGCCACCAAUGACGCUGCUCAAGAGUUCGGCAUCCCUAUCAUAAGCUUGUGGACGAUCCCCGCCUGUGCCUUCAUGGGAUUCAAACAAUACCGGACACUGAGGGAAAAGGGUCUGACGCCAUUAAAAGAUACCAGCUACUUAACAAAUGGCUAUUUGGAUACCGUAAUUGACUGGAUUCCAGGAAUGAAGGACAUUAAAUUGUGGGACCUGCCAACCUUCCUUCGUAGCACGGAUCCUGAUGAUAUUGUGUUCAACUUUACCAUGGAUGCCACUGAGAGAGCAAAUACAGCCUCAGCAAUGAUCUUUCAUACCUUUGAUGCCCUUGAAUCAGAAUUGCUUGAUGCUCUUUCAUCCAUGUAUCCUCGCGUUUAUGCAAUUGGCCCCCUCUCAUUACUUCUCAAUAAACUAGUUAAGGAAGAGAGCCCCCUCAAAUCUAUAGACUGCAAUCUGUGGAGAGAAAAUAGAGAGUGUCUUCGAUGGCUUGACUCGAAGGAACCGAACUCAGUGCUAUACGUUAAUUUUGGCAGCAUAACUGUCUUGACAAGAGAAGAGCUUAUUGAGUUUGCAAUGGGACUAGCCAAUAGCAAACAUCCAUUGUUGUGGAUAAUUAGGCCCGACCUUGUAACUGGGGAUUCAACAGUUCUUCCCCAAGAAUUCAUUGAAGAAACAGAAGGAAGGAUUAUGCUUGCAGGUUGGUGUCCACAAGAGGCAGUUCUUAACCACUUUUCAGUUGGAGGGUUCUUAACUCACUGUGGAUGGAACUCUAUAAUCGAGAGUGUGUCUGCAGGAGUUCCAAUGAUUUGUUGGCCAUCUUUUGGGGACCAGAGGACAAACUGCACUUACGCAUGUAGUAAAUGGGAGAUUGGUAUGGAGUUAUCAGGUGUGGUCAAUAGAGAGGAAGUGGAAAGGCUAGUGAGUGAAUUGAUGGACGGAGACAAGGGAAAGCAAAUGAAGAAAAGAAUCACAGAGUGGAAGAGCAUAGCACAGGAGGCAACAGAUCCUAAUGGGUCAUCGUCCAUAAACAUUGACAAGCUGUUGAAUGAGCUUCGGACUUAAAUACAGAAUCAGACAUCUGCUUAUGGAACUCUGCUAUAACAGAAUUCUUCUUCACAACAGCAUUAUACUUUGUUUAUGUGUAACUGAGAUGAGAUGUAUACAGAUCAUGUGUGUUUCAAGAGGUUUGCAGACUACCUAGUUCAUCUAUCCUAUAGACUUGUUCCCUACAAGAAGAGAUGUCUUUCCUACACCCAUCUUCUACUCUUCAUGCUUAGUCAUAACUUCAAUGAUAUCUAUUAGCAUACUUUUCUCCUGGUUUUCAUACACAA